AUGGCUUCUGACUCUCCCAAUUUUGUUAAUCACGAAGAUUCCCUUCAACUCCACGAGUCUACAGACUUUGACGAAGAGGAUACCACACCGAUUGAUACCGCAACAGAAGAAGAAGCCGACUCAGCAAUCACCUCGUUCAUUGAAAGCAAUUCCAGAAUCCCGGUAGCUCCUUCUUAUGGGCAAAUUCCCUGCCCUGUCGUGGUCCCUCAACGAAGACCCGGAAACAAAGAGCGAGGUUUUAUGAAGGCGUAUGCUCCAAUAUUAUCCCAAUGUGAUAUCAGCCAAGAACACUUCCAUGACUUCAUCAACACUCUGAAUAAAGCAAUCCAGGCCUCUAAAUGGAUUGUUGCGGUGCAAAUUGCGGCAUUAGGGGCUUCGUUCGUGCCAAAUCAAAUCUCUAUGGGUGCGACAGCGGCAGUACAGAUAGUAUCAGCAGUCGCAGCAAAGGCACAAAUUAGAUGGAAAGUGAACAGCUUUAUAGAUAAGGCGAAUCGAGAACUAUUCUGUCCUCGAGGACUUUAUUGUAUGAUUGUGACAUACAACCCUCUCCCACGGCAACAGCAGGAAGACAUCAAUACUUCGAUAAACAGAGCAUCUGCUAGCGGGGCUCCCGGCCCAUCUCGAAACAAAUGGCCGGAGAAAGUCAAGAAAAACUUGCGCAAUCCAUUCUCUGCUGCAGCAGAAGGAGAGGAAAAUUUACCAUCUGAGAUUGCACCCCUAAUAUUCUCGGAUGAUGAGGAUAAGAACGUUCAAAUGAAAAAGAAAGAGAAACCUUGGGACAAGUUGAAUGAUUACUUCGAUAAACGCGCCCGGGCAAGAUAUGCCAGUGAAAGCAAUAAUGACGUUUUAUCCUCAGCCCCCGAAUCUAAAUUCAAAAAUCGAUUCCUUGAUCCUAACCAUCCGGCCAAUAAUGGGGGUCUUCUGGGCUUGAUUUCAGGCGGGCACCUCACAAGGGACCCAAAAAAGACAAUGGAAGACACGAAAAAUUUAUAUCAGCAGCAGGCAGAACUUAUUAUUGAGCAACAAAAUAGCCAGUUGGAGCUGCUCCGCAGUCAGUUCCAAGCCAUGGGCUUCUCCGAACAACAGCAACACGAGUAUAUCUCAGCCUACGAGCAGCAAUUCCAACUGCAACAAGACCAGCUACAGGCCCAGAUAAAAGGAACGGAAAUGAUGUUCAGAAAGAUUUUGAAGAAUGUUCUUUAUCUCAUGGUUGUAAACCUGCCAACUGACGAAGAAGUUGAGGCGGCUAGAAUGGCGACGAAUACGGAUGAGGAAGAUGAUGGCAGCCAAAGAAGCUUCGUGACCAUGGUCAAUGUACAGUAA